AUGAAGCUUGAAGUGCAAGUAAGCUCUAAGGAGAAUAUCAAACCAUCUUCUCCAACCCCCGGCCAUCUUCGCUAUCACCCCUUGUCUUUUCUUGAUCAAAUCAAUAGCCCAUCCUACUUCUGUUUUGUGCACUUCUAUGAACUGAAUGGAGGAGACUCACAAGUGACACAACCUGAAACUAGCGAGAUAUCCGGCCAUCUCAAGAAGUCGUUAGCCGAGGUCUUAACCCUUUUCUACCCACUCGCUGGACGACUCAAAGACAACCUUUAUGUUCACUGCAAUGAUGAGGGCAUAGAGUACCUUGAAGCUCGAGUCAACAAGACCACGCUUUCCGACCUUCUCGACGAUCCCAUCCCUGGUGAACUCACCAAACUCGUCCCAUUUGAAGGAGAUGUUAAUGAAUUCUCCCUCGGUGUGCAGCUUAACAUUUUUGAAUGCGGUGGAGUCGCUAUUGGGAUUUCCUUUUCCCACAAGCUUACAGAUGGGUUAUCUAUGCUCAUGUUCAUCAAAGCUUGGGCUGCCACUUCCCGACGUGCCCUCGGAGAUCAUCAAGCUGAAAUCGAGCCUCCACAGUUUGUUUCAGCAACAUUCUUCCCGCCAAAGAUAUUCACACAACACGAUGCAAGCUUUGGUAUGAGAAAGAAUAAAGUGACAACAAAAAGGUUUGUGUUUGAUGCCGCCAACAUUGAGGACCUCAGAGCAAAAUAUGUCGACCUAGACAAACCGUUGAUCAAGCGCCCCUCGCGUGUCGAGUCCUUAUCAGCUUUUCUAUGGAGCCGAAUAGUGGCUGCUUCGAAAGAUGAUGAUCAUGUUGACGACAAGUUGUAUAGAGUGAUGAAUGUUGUCAAUCUUCGUCCACUGUUCAAUCCACCGUUGCCGCAAUCUGUGUUUGGAAACCUCGUCGGGAUUUCCAUAACAUCUCCAACAUCCUCGGGGGCAGAAUAUUCUAGUGGUUUCAUCAAGCACUCACGAGAGCAAAUAAGCAACAUUACCGACGACUACGUGAAAAAACUUCAUCAGUGUGAUGAGCAUUUGGGUUUUCUGGAGAGAUAUGCUGAUGUUUAUAAGAGAGGAGAGAGUACCGUGACGUCCAUGUUCAGUAGUAUAUGCAAGUUUCCUCUGUAUGACAGUGACUUUGGUUGGGGAAGACCAACGUAUGUGGGCGUUCCGGCGUUCAGCUUCGCGAACACGAUCGUUUUCGUCGACCCCAAAGAGGGUGGUGGAAUAGAGGUCCACGUUUGCUUGAGGGAAGAGGUCAUGGUUAAAUUUGAAAGGGACCCCAAGUUGCUCUCACGGCUGAGUUUGAGUUCGGUUGGUUCGGGUUCAAUCAAAAAACCUAUUCAGACUAGAUCGGUAAAGUCUGGAUCGGGGGGAUUUAAGGGUUUGCUCUCACGAUUUUGA